AUGGGUUCUGACUGUGGCUCCAACUGCAGCCGCUCCUCCUCCCCCGACCUGGUGGUGGAUGACCACGCUGGGAGCUUUUUCUCCAACAAAAUGUUCCAGUCAUACUGCCAAGAGAACAGAGAGGACAGCGAGGCCGGCCAGGACAGGACGGUGGAUGGACAGACCCAGGCCGGGACCGAUCUCAGCAAAAUCGACACCCAAGAUCUGAGACUGAAAGUGAACAGCCGGGAGCGCAAGAGGAUGCACGAUCUGAACACGGCCAUGGACAGCCUGAGAGAGGUCAUGCCCUACGCUCACGGGCCUUCAGUCCGCAAGCUGUCCAAGAUCUCCACCUUGAUGUUAGCUCGCAACUACAUCCUCAUGCUGUCCGGCUCCUUGGACGAGAUGAAGAAGUUGGUGGGGGAUGUUUACGGAGGAAGUGCUGCCGCUCAGAGCCGCACCGCUGCCCACCCUGCUAUCACCCCUGCGGCCCCAACUGCCCACCACCCUCUGCAUCAUCUGGCCCACUCUCUGCACUCUCUGGCGGCCAGCGCCCCUUCAGCUCUGCAGCAUCACUCUUCUCACGCCACGGCCCUGCACUCGCCUCCAUCAGCAGGCUUCCUGGGUUUCCAUGCACCGGUGCAGAGCCUUAUGAAGGACCCCCUCCACCUGGCCGGGUGCUACAGGCACUUCCCCGGCAUGCCCUGCCCCUGCUCACUCUGCCAGCCUUUACCCACCUCCACGUUACACAGCCUGUCUCUGAGCAAGUGAGCUAGACUCUUAAAAAAACGACCUCUGUUGCUGGGAUCAUCGCAAUGACUAAAGCAGCACAGAGGAGAUUGUUAAAUGAACUCCUAAAAUGAUUGCUGGUGCCAGAGCUUGUAAAUACUGUAUAUAUCUUCUGCCAUGCCAACUGCUGCUUUUUUCUAUCAAAUUACACUUCUGCAUUGUUUAUACAGAAAUAUUCUAUGUACACGCAGGUUUUUUA